AUGAAAUUGAACUUUAAGCGUAGAUCUGAGAUUUUCAAUUCAGCUCCCUCAGAUUUUAACUAACUGAGAGAUGAGAUUUUCUCUGCUAGGAAACAGCUUAAAAAACUCUUUAAGCCUUAAAUAAUUAACAACAUUUAAAAUAAUAACCUAAUAUUUAACAAGGAAGAAUAUCAGAUGGUGUAUCACGAUAGUGAAGAAGACUCGCUUAUAAUAAGUGAAGAUGAAGAUUUGUUAGAAGCCAUAGAUUAUUCUCAAAAAAGAGGCAAAUAGUACUUAGUAGUAGACUUAAUAGAUUUGAGUACAGGUGAACUAGUUAUGCUAGAUGAAGAUAAUCUUUCAGAGUCUUAAAUUUACAGCCAGAUUAGUAAGGUUAAUGAAGACUCCUAUUACCAUCAGUAAGACAAUAGUAAUUAUGCACCAGUAUAAGAGUAACAAUAGAUUCAUAAAAUUGAAGAGACAUCACUUGAGAAUUCAUAGUAAAUACUAAAUUAAAGCACUUUAAACAAUACAAUUCUACAACAAAAGCAUUAACUGCUGCCCUAAUAAUUGGAACAAGAACUGCGCAAAUAAAUAAGAGCUCAAAUCUAAAAUAAGCUUAAGCAGGAAUACAUGAACCAGACAAAUGCUAUUAAUGAGAGCACAGUAAUAUCUUAGUUCUAGAGUUAGAAUCUAAUAUAAAGUACCAAUACUAAUGAUAAUUUGAUCUUGACUGAAUUAAAAAAUGAGAUAAAAUUAUUAGAAGAUAAAGAGUAAAAAUAAAUAAUUGUGAAAUAAGAAAUAGUAGAGCCUCAGAUGGAAAAGAUAAUUAUUAAACAUGGAUAAAAUGCAAAGCAAUCAAGCCCUGAAAUAAACUAAGAUUAGAAAUUAAAGUUUUCCUAAGAGAUGUUUUCUGUUAAAAAAGCAUAGCCUAUAAUGAUUUAGAUUAACUCCAAAUAAUCUCUCUAACUGAAAUGGAUCAUUAUAAAUAAGUCAGAUCAAUAAUGGGCAGCCACACCAGAACUCAAGAAUAUACAAGACCAAGAGACCUUUCAUUAUUAGAAUAUUAGCGAUAAACUAUUGCAACCAGGAGAGGAAAUAGAGCUAGUUUACGAAUUAUAACCAGAGGAUCUUUAAAAGUAGGAAGAAUAAUUUAUCAAUUUACAACUAUACUUUACAAAUCCUCAAAAGAAAGGCAAAGAAGUGAGCAAAGCUUUUAUUGUUGUACUUGAUAAAGGUACUACUUAAUGA